AACUUCGCCUCUCCUGUUGUUCUCCGACGUCCUAUCCCAGCCUGUGCAGCCUCGGGGCUGGAACGAGGAGGCGGCGGCGGCGGCGGGAGGCCGUGUGCGCGAGGCUCCUGCGAGAGCGCUCAGCCCAGCUGCUGGCAGCAAGGCAUGCGCAUUGCAGGGCGCCCUCUCACCCCGCUCAGCUAUGCCAAAUAUGUGGUGAGCAGCAGCAGCAGCGAAAGGAGAGAGAGAGAGCGGAACGCGCGAGCGAGCGAGAGAGAGGGGACCAUGGGGCGCUCCUGCCAGCCGGGCUCCGGGCUGCCGCGCUCGCCGUCUCCAUGAGGGGGACCCUUGCGCGCAGCAGCGGCGGCGGCGCCCAGCAACUAGCCCCCAGGCGGAGAGAGGCGACGACCAGCGCCAGGCAUGGCUGACCCUCUGCGCAGGACCCUCUCCAAGCUGCGGGGCAGGCGGGCGCAGCGAGGGGCGGCGGGGGAAGCCGCCGGCCACCCCAGCGGAGGCGGCGCCCUUCGAAGUCGAGCCCAGCAGAAUCUGGCGCGCCCGGGGAACCGGACGCCGUGCGCGCUCGGCAGCGGCGGGGUCUUCGCGCCCCACCUGGAGGAGCCCACGCUGAGGGAGCCGGAGUCUUGGUCCCGGCGGGGGAAGGCGGCAGCGGCGCCCGAGGAAGAAUCCCCCGGAGCCCGCCUUUGCCCGCCGAAGAACCGCGUGGAAGGGACGCGGCAGCUGCCUCCGCCGAGCCCGCCGGGGCUCCGUGCGCCCCCGCCGGCGGCCGAGCUCUGCUUCUCGUCGUCGUCGUUUUUCCCCCGCGGGGCGGACUCGGGCUCAGCGCUGGAGCGGGGCGGCGGGAGCGAGGAAGAGGACUAUUACGACAACCACAGCCUGCCCGGCUGGAGCUGCCCCAAAUUGGCGUGCCGGGCGCAGGCGAACGCCGACGGCAGCGUGGCCCUUGGCAGCGGCCACUCCAAGGCACAAGAGAGCGCGGGCCGGCUUCGCAGCCAGCUGCAGGAGGCUUAUUACCUGCUCAUCCACGCCAUGCACGACCUGCCCCCGGCUAGCCCCGUCGUCGGGGCCCGCUCCCCGCCGCCCCUUGCCCACCCGCCGCCCUCCUCCUUCUCCUCGGCUGGGAGGAGCCACGAUGCCUCAAGCUGGUCUUUCGCCUGCGGAGACGGUUCCCCGCCGUCGCGAGCGCCCGAUUCCGGCUCCCAAGGCUCCGGCAGGGCCCCCGCCUGGCGCCGGGGCAUCAGCAAGAGCUGGGAGAGCCUCCCCGCUGCCCAGCCGCCCGCCAGACCGCCGCCCUUGCGGAGGUGCAGCAGCGACGGCGCGCUCGGCCUCUCGCCCCGGGGCCACCUGCUGCAGCGGCCGGGCGCCAGGCGGGGACUAGGCUGCGGCGGCCUCGCAGUUGCCGCCGGCUGCUCCGGCCACAGCAGCAGCAGCUGCGAGCAAAGCCCCGGCAGCCGCAGCGCUUGCGAGGGACAUCCGUCGGCGCUGCCGCGGGACGACUUGGGCCGCUUGCUGGGCUCGGGGCUGUGCGCCGCCCUGGGCGAGGCGGUGGCGCUGAAGGGCGCCGCGGACCCGGCGGCGGCGGAGGGGGGCGGCGGCGGCGGCAGAAGCCACGUGCGCCCUCCGGCAGGCACCCACGGCGGCCCCUUCAAGCCUCCCGCCGUGACGGUCCGGAAGCUGCAGAAAUGGAUGUACAAAGGACGCCUCCUCUCCCUGGGCAUGAAAGGCCGCAGCGAGCCAGCGGGGGCUCCGUCGUCUUCGUCUCCCGCAAAAACAUCCAGGACCUGCGGGCCCCCUCUGGGCAGAGAAGAGGGGCCGGCAACGCCGCCUCCUGCCCCCUUGAGGGGUCAAGGUGGAAAGGGCCUAGGAUCCCCUUCAGACCAAAGAAUCUUGCUGACAGAUUUGAUUGAAACAGUGUACAUACCGUCUGUGAGCAGAAGAGAACUUAAGAACUUCAAAUCCACUGAAGUCGCUGAGUGCAGGCCUCGGAUUGCCAGCAUCACUGUGUCCAAGAAACGUAACUGGCUGCAUCAAAGUUCUCCAAGGGUGCCCAAUUUGGAAAAAGGAAACUCGUAUAAGAAAAUUUCAAGAGAAACGCACCAGAGACAGAAAUCGCCCAGCCCAUUGCUUGAGCCGAAGAUGCCUCACCUUUUCCCCAAACUUCUAGGGCAUGAAAGCCCUAAAAGAAGAAUUGGUUGCGUACGAGCUGUUGAGAAUGGGGCAAGCUCUUUGGCACGGCGAAACUGUACUUUAGAUUUUGGGGAUGAUAACGAUGCAGAUGAUGAAGGAGAAAUAUGGUACAACCCUAUCCCUGAAGACGAUGAGCCCAAUUUUCCUGACCAUUUGGACCCUCAAGCCAUUAAUUGCAAGGUGCCUUCUGGGAAUGACUUGGUUAAAGUCGUAAGGCCUAACGAAGGCCUCGCACACGUCUUAGACUGUGUCGGAAACACUCUGCCCAGGGAAAUUAAUGAAGUAGAUGGUGUACAUUCCAUGGAACAUUUGCAAGUACACAAGCAAAAGCCUACGUGCAGUAUUCAGACUGGGUUUGCAGUGGAAGAUAGUCCUACAUUGAAAGGUACUUUGGGAGGUCCUGGGAUCUUGUCUGCAAGCAAGUCCGAGAUGGGAGCGGCAGAAGGUUCUCCUCCGAGUCCUAACCCUUUGAAGAAAGGUGGUUCGAUAAACUGGUCCUUCCCUGACAAAAUAAAAUCCCCGAGAACGGUGAGGAAACUUUCCAUGAAAAUGAAAAAAUUGCCAGAGCUGAGCAGGAAGCUGAGUGUCAAGGGAAAUUCAAGCCAUAGUAGCACGGACAAUUCUUCGUUGCUUAAGAAUAACUGCCAGGUCAUAGGUCAUGGGUCGCUACCUUCUUCCGGGAAUAUCACGGCAGCAGCUAGCAGGAACGUCAUAAGCCGGUACCAUCUUGACAGCAGCGUGUCCUCUCAGCACAACUACAAAAAGAAAAGCGGUGGCAAUUCGAAAUCCUCUAGCAAAGGGGGCUACCUCAGCGACGGAGACUCUCCUGAGCUUAUAACAAAAUCAGGGAAGCACGGCCUGGAAAGCCGGGCUGGGAAAGGAGGAAAGGAAGCAUUCCCAAGCAGCAACGGUAGUAAGGCGGAAAUAGACAUUGACGCUUUCAGGCACUACAGUUUCUCCGACCAACCUAAAUGUUCCCAGUACAUAUCUGGACUCAUGAGCAUCCAUUUCUAUGGCGCGGAGGAUCUGAAACCGCCAAGGAUGGACUCCAGAGACGUCUUCUGCGCCAUUCAGGUAGAUUCGGUAAACAAAGCGAGGACUGCCUUGCUGACCUGCAGGACGACCUUUUUGGACAUGGAUCACACUUUCAACAUAGAAAUAGAGAACGCCCAGCAUUUGAAAUUGGUGGUCUUCAGCUGGGAGCCCACACCAAGGAAAAACCGGGUCUGCUGCCAUGGGACGGUGGUCCUCCCUGCUCUUUUUCGGGUGACGAAGACCCAUCAGUUGGCAGUAAAGCUGGAGCCCCGAGGUAUUAUUUAUGUCAAGCUGACCCUCCUAGAGCAGUGGGAGAAUUCUCUCAAUGGACUAGAUGGAGAAAGAGAACCGGUAAUGUUUGGAGUAGAUGCUCGGAAGGUUGUGGAGAAGGAAAACGUAGGCUUGAUGGUGCCCCUGUUGAUGAAGAAGUGCAUUAUAGAGAUUGAAAAAAGAGGCUGCCAGGUUGUAGGCCUGUACCGUUUAUGUGGCUCAGCAGCCGUCAAGAAAGAGCUUCGUGAGGCAUUUGAGAACGAUAGCAAAGCAGUUACCCUCUGUGAAACCCAGUACCCAGAUAUAAAUGUGAUAACAGGUGUUCUCAAGGACUAUUUAAGAGAGCUGCCUUCCCCCUUGAUAACCAAACAACUCUACGAAGCUGUGUUAGAUGCCAUGGUGAAAAAGCCCUUGAAAAUGACAGCGAAUGGAUGUGAUAAUAACCCUGGUGAUUCUGAGCAUACCGUGGCUCUCUUGGAUUGCCUUCCAGAAGUGGAGAAGGCUACUCUAAGGAUGCUGUUGGACCAUCUGAAAUUGGUGGCUUCGUACCAUGAAGUAAACAGAAUGACAUGCCAGAACUUAGCUGUGUGUUUUGGGCCUGUGCUACUGAGCCAGCGGCAGGAAACCACCAAUCACAACAAUAGAGUUUUCACAGAUUCGGAAGAGCUUGCCAGUGCCUUGGAUUUCAAAAAACACAUAGAGGUUUUGCAUUACCUCCUCCAGCUGUGGCCAGUGCAACAUUCAGCCGUCAAAGAAUCUGCAUUGACUGAGCAGCAGUCGUCUGUGAAUUACUUGAGACCUAAGAAGCAGCGGCCUCAGAUGUUGAACUUGAGCAGUACUGAGAUGUCAGGUAUCCUCAGGUCCAGGCCAGCCAGACUGGAUAGCCCUUCAAGCAACCGCUAUGCCGGAGACUGGAGUGGCUGUGGGGAGAGCUACUUCGUCAGCCCCAAGGAGGCCCUGAACGAAGCAGACUAUGAUGAUGUUCCUUCGGAAGAUGCCGAAAGUGGCGAUGACGGUGGCAGAGUGGAUGGCUCGGAGAAGCUCGCCGAACGGCCCCAUUGCAUGUCCAAAGAACACACUUUUCAGGCCUAUUUGACGGUGCAAGCCAUGGAUUCUGCAGGGAACCACAGAGUAAACCUCAAAGAUCUGCAGGAAAGCAUUGAUACUCUGAUAGGAAACCUGGAACGGGAACUCAAUAAAAACAAGCUCAACAUCAGUUACUGAUAAGUAAUUUCCCUCUGCAAUACCUCCUCUCUCUUUUUUUGCUGUCUCUUCCCCACCCCCCACCCCCUGUUUCUUCCCCAAAAGAGAGACGGGUGCAGUGCUGUUAUUUCCAUUGCAUCGUGCAGUGAUUUUGAUCCACCGUGGGCUUAGUGCAUUCGUAUUACACAAUCUGUUUAUUGCUUUGUUGUAAUUUUCCUCCCCCUUCCUUCUUCUCCGUUGAGGAUGGUUUCGGGUUGACCCUUCUGGGUUUAAAAUGGUACGUUACUUUUCAUGAGAUGAUUGCAGAAUUUCCAUUUCCCUUUCAAGGUACUAUGCACUUAGGAAGUUUGGACAAUUUAUGCAAGGUACGCAAGGCACCAUCUCUGUCUACGUUACAGCAGGAACAGCACUCAUUUGUUCCUGAAACUUUAGCCCUGGUACAGGAUGUUUUCCCAGAAAGGGAGAAUUAACAUUGCUGCUUACCUGAUAAUUUGCAGCGCAAACUGUAGGUAGAUCGUUUUUUUUCUACCAUAUUUUGACACCUUAUUCACUUGCAAUGCAAAGGCUGCUAUGAAAAAAAAAAGCUUUUUAUAUAUACCUAUAUAGCUAUAUAUGAAAACGUUUAAAUGUACAAAUAUUAAUGUAUUCCUGCAUUAACACUUUCCAGCAAUUAUUUAAAAGUGAAAAGAAAUUAAAUAUUUUUCUAACUUUUUUUUGGUUGUGUACAUAUUUAUAUACAUAUAUUAAAAAGCAUUGGGCUUGAUCUACUCCAUUUGGGGUACAGUGCUUGUGCAUGGGGAGUUCACCAUAGCCCUCCCUGUCCUUCCUCUCUUCCCCCCUGCUAAGCUGUUCCAGCUGAUAAGCAGGAAUGAGCCACAUUAAAUUCAGCUGCAGGUGGAAGGUUCCCCAUCCCUGCUAUAGAACAUAGCAUAGGAGAUCCUGCCUCCUUACGCAUCUACAGGCAGCAUACUUGGCCUGUCAGAAAUAGGAGGACACUGCAUUCCUCCCCUUCCUUUCCAGCCUUCCCUUUCCCUCCCCGCAAGUCAAGAAACCAGAGCCUUGCAGGGCAAGUUCUAUGAGACAUUAUGAAGAGCAAUUGCUGUGGCUGCCUGUCUCAAACCCUUUGUAAUCAUCGGUACUUCAGGAAAGGGUCGUUUUAGAUUUAAAUAUGAACACAACUUCUAAAAGGAAUGUGUGUCGCGCGAUGCCAAAAUAAAUGGCCCGCUAAGCAGCAGUGGAUAUGGGUCAGACCAGAAGGGACUUGCUGAAUACCUGCGAGGAGUUCGAAGGCCACAGAUGACAUUGAUAUCUCUCAGACGUACAAGUGCGUAACUUUCCCAGAUAAUGUGUGAUUGUCGCAUCGUGCAAUUUCCACGUUUUAAGAGUUUCUAGAGGCUUUGGCAAUGGGAACGAUUGUUUCCCAGAGUCCAAAUUUCCCACUGUGGUGGCUCACAAAUAUGCAUAUUGUUUGAAAUGCACAUUGCCCCCCAAAUACACAUCCCUGUAACCCUUUCCAAAGUUCAGUCAGAUGCAAACGAUGGACAGAGCAGUAUUUCAUGCAUGAUCAAAGGCUCUGUUAAAGGCAAAUGUUCAGAAUAAGUUAGAUGCACACACACACACGCACACACACACAAAACUCCAUGAGACUUAAAAUGGGAUGGAUUUAAAGACUGAACAUGUUUUCUGGUUCAGCCUCAAGUAGCAAACAUAAAUCAAGAGUGCAGAUCCCUAUGCUGAACCAUGUUUAUGAAGCUGUAGUCCUCGUGACUACAAAUGCAGUGAUCAGGAAUUAUGGCCUGUUUUUUGUUUUUUUUUAAAAAGGAGAGUAGUCAUAUUGAUUCAAGUGGGAUAUUUUAGAUGUUCUGAAAGCUUAGUAGAUGCUAAAAUGGCUGUAGUCCCCUCCCAAAAAAAGUCCAUCCUAUUUUUAAAGGUUGACAUGUGAACUGAGAAAGUGCCUUUUAAAAAUAAUAUAUCUAGGUCCUGAAUGCAUUUUGAAGUUCUUAGUAUUUGCUCUCAUACCAGAAAUAUUAAAUAAGUAUUAAAUGAGACCUAUCAAUUUACUGUAUAUCUUGCCAGUUGUCUUAAAUGAGUAUUAUUGACAGCUCCUCAGCCCUUCCAUUAGAAGGGUAAAUGUGACAAAACGUUUAUUAAACUUGUCCUCGGAUGUUGGCUAUCUUAGUAGUAAACCAAAGCAAUUGCAAGUCUUAUGCAAAUAUAUAAAUGAAAACUCAACUUCUGUCCACUGUCUAGCAAUAAAACCCAAGCAAUAAAAAUUAUACAACCAAUUGCCUCAUUAAAAAAGGCUGCAUUAUUAAUAAUGCAGAUGAGUAAGUUUUUAAAUGGAAAUGCUUUUAAAAAUGUAAGUCAGCAAAGGUUUCUUAAAUAGUGCUUUGGAUCUUGCAAACUCAUGACACACUGUAAGAUUUCAUUUUCUCCUGUAUUAUGUUAGCGGCCGCUCUCUUGGCCUAUGGACCUUGUGUAAAUGCUAUUUUAACUUGUUUGUUUCCCUCCUAUAUUUUGUCUGGCUACUGUUGUUGUUGUUGUUAUUAUUAUUUAUUUACAAUAGGAUGCACGAAUUUGGUGCACGAAUUUUUUGCCACGUUUUUUUCCUAAAUAUCUCCACUUUUUAUCCAGUGUCCUUUUUAUUAAUUUAUUAUCGUUAGUGUCUCAGUACACAAUACAGUCAUUGCAAUUAAAUAACAACGGUACUGUUUGGAAAUUUUAAGCUGAAGCAUUUAUUGAUAAGCUGAUGUAUUUUUUUUAAAAGUAUAUAUGUACAGGAAGUGGAUUAUUUUUAAAAAUAUAAAUGUUAAUUCUGAAUAAAAUCUGGAUUAAGAAUAAAAAUCGGUUGCAUUUUGUAAAAGGUUGCCAUCAGUGCAAUUUUUCUAGGAAAAGAGGUGCAGGAACUCACCAUGAACAACUUCCUCGUUCUCUUAGACUGACAAUGGUGCCCACCUGAGAGGUGCCGCAACAGAAUUCCAGCGAGUUCCGGCUGGAAAAAGCCCCGGUUGCCAAUAUUUGAAGAUAAGUUAGAUGUAUUUCUGAUUCCACAUAAUACCUUGAAAAUGUAUUUGCCCACACAGAAUCUGCUGUGGUUGUGAAUAUAAGUUUUCCUUCAUAUUUUUCAGGGCUAGUCGUUCAAUGUGCUCAGCAACUGAGAGGGAGAAUGAAGGCCUAAUCUCAUGCAGGAAUUUGAGUGGCGACUUCAGUGCUAUUUCUUCCCAGCCAGAGGUAGUUUAUCAGAAACAUAUUUGUUUCCAGCUCACGGGGUGAAUUGUUGCAUUGUUAUAGCACAUGUUUUGCCAUUUGCUACCAAGCCAAGUUUAAUGUUUUGCUGUUAUGGAAUGAGUUCAGCUGAAGAUAUGUCUCCUAUAAUAGACCUGCCUGUUCACUGAAGUUCACAGUGUGAAAGUGCUCCUAAUGUUAUGGCCUUCUCCUCUGUUGCCAUCUUGGUCCUCUGGGAUACCCUCCUAGAGAUGGAGUACAGUAUUGUCUCCUUCCAAACAUCUUCCCAGAGGCAACUUACCAUUUCUACCUUUGAAAAUUCAUUGCCUGUCUGAUCUGCUUGCUUCUGAUCUUCUGCAUUUGUGUUGUUCCGCUGACUAGUUUUAGAUAAAUGAGAACUUCAACAUUGGAAAACUCUUUAGUUUUGUACAUCAGAAUAAGUAGCAAAACCUUGUUUCGUAGUUUUGGGUCUGUGGUGUCUCAUUCACACAGGAAAGCCACUGAUGUUGCAGUUGUCUAGCAAUGAACAUGGAUGUACAAACGAAGCCUUCAUGUCUCAGUGGAUAGAUGAUUGGAAUUGGGCCAGAGAGAGAGCCUAGCUCAAUAAUGGGCUUUGCGUUUUACAUGCUUGCCCUUUGCAUAAUGAGAAUGGAAGUAGCCUACUUUGUUGCGUUGUGAAAAUCACAAUGCCCUUUUAGCACACGUAGACAUGCUAUCAGAAUGUUCAGCUUUCCAACAGCUUUUGAACAUACAAAUUCCCAACAGAAAAUGAGUAAAAUUCUAGUCUAUCCACAUUGUAUCUCAAGCCAGAACAUCAUGUUGUUGAGUAAUUUGAUCAAUUUCCCAGAGGCCUAAUGAGCUACAAGCACACAAGGACUCUAUUGUCAUCGUCAUCGUCCCCCCACCUCCCUGCUGCAACAUAUCUGUUAGAGGGGGAAUAAUCACACAAAUUAGGCCAUUGUGCAUAUGACUGUAUGUGCAAAUUCUUCUCAUCCAGACCAUUUCCAAGGGUGCCCCCCGAACUUCUGUGCCCACCUGCCAUUCACUUUCACUUUCCCACUGGGCCUAACCUGUACAACUGCCUAUAAGCAGGGGUGCAGAACCUGUGGUCUUCCAGAUGUUGCUGGACUCCAGCUCCCACCAUCCCUGCUGAUGAAGCUAGCUGUGGAUGAUGGGAAUUGUAGUCUUGACAACAUCUAGGCUGCCACAGGUUCCUCACCACUGGCCUAAAGGGAGAGUUCAAGGCAACUCACCUUUGUUGUUGCUACCAUGCUCAGGGCAAGCAUGGAAGGGGGAUAGCUCUAGGGAUUGGAAACGGACCCUCUUCAGGAGAGCAAGGCUUGGCAGAUGCCCAAAUGGCUGCUCUUUGCCUUGCAUGACAGGAAGUUCAUGGUUGUUCUACCAUCCAUAGAACAGGCUGUGGAACUCAGUAAUGUAUGAGCAGUGUCUGAAUUUAAUUUUGCUAGCAAAUUUCAAUAUUUCAUGUCGUCUUGGCAUUUUGGCCAGUAGUUUUUGUUAUAUUACAAAUAAACAAAGAACUUUAGUUUUAAGAAAGCCUAAUAUUAAGUCCACCACGUUAGAGGUAUUUAUAUAUUUAUAUCUGUCUUCUUUGUAGCAAUUGUUUGUGGCCAUUUGGGAGAGAUUCACCUUUUCCAUACACAUUAUUUUAGAACUGAAAGAAAGCUGUGCUUGUUUCAACAAGCACAAAUGAUAAAAAAUUUGUGUGAAAACUUGUGUCUCCCAAAUGGGAAUCCAUCAUCUGUCAGGAAACAAUUUAAUGAUGCAUUUGUUAAAUUGAAAUGCAAUCUGAGAGCCUGUAUUAAAUAGCUUCAAAUCUGUUUUAAAUUAAUGGCUUCAGCACAUCCCUGCUUAGAGGUAGAUUGUGUGCCUGCAUGAUUUACAAAUUAGAUGUGUGGAAAUUAAGAACUGUGAUGAUGACCCACUUGGUGGUUUUUGCUCACUUUAUUAGAACCUUCUGUGACAUGCAUGUAAAUGUUUCCUGCUCUUAUUAAGAACAGAGGAAUGCUUGGAUUCUACCCUGGUUAAUACAGCUUACAUUUUACCAGCAUAAAUACAUUGCUGACUGGUAGUGCAGUCCCCCACCCACCCCCAAUCUGUAGCUGAUUAAGUGUGUGAAUGCAAAAGAGCCCCAAACCUGCACCUAAAUGUCAGCUUUCUGCCGAUUGUUCAAGCCACCUAAACUGGUGAUAUAUGUUUGUGUAAGCUGUUCCUUGUUAUAUUAUGUAACAGUUUAUAUAAUAGGAUCCACUCUAUGUACAUAUUGCAAUCAGGCAUAGUCACCCCCCCCCAUAAAGAAUAGGAUUAGGAUUCAGAUUGCAGACAAACAACAAUAAAUGCAAGGAUUACAGCUUGCUUGCUUUAGGAAAGAAGAUGAACAUCUUCUUCUAACAGACGAGUCUAGGAUUUUCAGUUUUUCAAGAGAAGAUUCAAGGUCAGCCAAUAGUGGAUAUCUUGGUGAACCUAUAUCGUUUACCUGCCUUCCAUCCGGCUGAUUUACUACUGCAGCAGGCAGGCAUGGAGUGCGGAAGGGGGUGGGGGUCAGCAUGGUGCAAACAGGCCAGCAGAGCUAAUCUGUGUUUGGCAUCUUCAGCAGGUUUGUCUGGGUUUAUGCAACAGUGCAAAUGAAUGGUUCAUGUGAUCAUUCUUAAAGUUGCAGUUUAAGGAGUGCAUGUGCUUUUUAUUAACUUUUUAAAAAUGCUCUUUUUUUGGUGUGGAAGCCUUUUGCAGUGCAAUAAUUUCAACAAGAGUGAAGUUUUUGUUUGCAGGCAUUUUUGUUCUUCAGUUCUUAAGGGCAGCCACCCCAUAUUCCUUACUCGUGAAUAAAGAGAGGUGCAUUUGACAGAGACUACUGAACUGUGGCCUCUUGUUACCUGCCUCCAUCUGUCUCUGUCCACCUUUCAUAUUUGAAUGCUGACAGAUGGAACAUUGUCAAGUACAAGUUUAUUGAUCUAACCCUGCCUCCACCAUAUGGUUCAGAUGGAGGCCCCGAGUUUGUUCACCUAGGCUGAACCUUCCAGCUCAUUUUUGGGGGGGCCUUGGUAGCUUAUUUUGCAAAAUACACUCAAGGAAACUAGUGUUUGGUGAGCCAGCCAGUCCCCUCCUCACUGCCCUGGUGUGGGGGGCGGUGGAGGGCAGGCGGCGGAGAUAGCUACAUUGGUAUGCUAAAAAUAGCUGGUAACUUCUCGUAUAAAAAUAGAUCCUCUGGAUUUUUGCAGCACAAAUCUCUAAAUCUGAUAAGCUUGGGACACAUCUGGUUGUUCAAGGCCACUAAUGUUUUAGGGGGGCUAGUCUAGUACACAGAAUGCAUGUGUGAUAUUUGAAGCACGUUUCUCACAAUAUAUAUAUAAUUGUGGCUUUACCCAAAUACUUCAGGGUUUACUGAAAAGGUAGUGGCAGGGAUCCACCUUUGCUGUUCUUUAGCCUGCCUGCGUAAGAGAAAGAUUAGCAUCUACUACGGCCAUCUUCAGAUAUCUAAAGGGCUUUCACAUGGAAGGUGGAGCAAGCUUGUCUUCUCCUGCUCCGGAAGUUUGUGCAUCCUGACGUUCCUAUGUUGAGAAUGUGUAUUGGACAGAAGAACUAUGUAAAUAAACAAGCUGAUGGCACAGUGACUGCAGUUCUCUUGACCGCUGGCCACCUAGUGCUCUCUGCAAGGAAGGAGGGGCCAGAACUCAGUUCCGGCACCUCAAGUAAGCACCAUCGCCACUGUGAGAGAACAAGGGAGGUGUUAAUGAAAACUCCAGGUGUUUGACUUCUCGCUCAAAGUAAUGAAGGACACUAGAACGCUGAUAUUCCAAGGUCCCAAAUGUCAAUAUUUCCAUCUUCUCUCCCAAUGAAGAAAACACCUGGCCUUGAUAAGGACCACUGCCCAACAGUGUAUCUCUUUGCUGUGCAACUUGACUCAAGGAGGGGACCGCUCUUCAUUAAAAAAGCAAAGGCCAAAAGGAAAAUAGUUGCAUGAAACAAAUACCAGAUUAAAAUUGUUCACCUAA